GCUUCGCCUCUCCUCCUCUUCCUCGGGGUUUCCUCCUCAGUCCCAGCACCAUGUCUCUCUGUGACAUGAGGCGGGUCAGCCUGAGCGUCGCUGUGUGUCGGAGCGGCUGGAUGCUGUGAGCGGCGGGAGGCAGAGAGACUGAGAGUCGCAUCCUUCACUGAGUGCCUUUGUUGGGAGCAGCAGCAGCAGCAUGGAUCUGUCCUUCAUGGCCGCGCAGAUCCCAGUCAUGACCGGGGCCUUCAUGGACUCCUCACCCAACGACGACUACAGCGGAGAGCAUUCGCUCUUCAACUCUUCGGCGAGCGUCAACGCGGCGGCCUCGGCCGCCUCGGCGCACGGCCAGCCGGACGAGCAGCAGUCCAUGUCCAGCGACGCCAUCUGGCUGUGGAUCGCCAUCAUUGCGACUAUAGGGAACAUCGUGGUGGUGGGCGUUGUCUACGCCUGCACUUUCUGAUAGACAUGCUGCAGCAACUCUGCAAUCAUCCGACGGUUCAGUGUGUGGAAACAGAACCGAGGCUCCGCAGAACCAACACCCUCCAUGUCUGAACUGACCUUCCUCUGCUUCUCACCGGGUGUUUUUAUGUUUCAGCUCCACUGGCGUGUCAGACGUCUGAAACGUGACGGUGAUGUGUUGAGCUUUCUCUGUUUGACAGGAAGGCUGAUUUCCUCAACGGGUCUCAAGAUGUUUCUGUUCAAGAAGGUUUUUAACUUUAUGUUUCUUUGUCCUGCAAUUUAUUUGACUUAAAUGUCUUUUUGUGUGUUUUUUCCCGAACAGCAGUUUUCUAGUUUCUAGAAAAAGAUUCAAUUGGGUCCAAAUUCUGUUUAAAUCUUAGACAACCAGAAAGCCCAUGGAAACGGGUCUGGACUGACCCAGCCUGUCUCGGUGGAGGCUGAAUGAGCUUCCUCUGUCGGGGCGACGCUGAGCUGCUGCUCCACAUUCAGAACCAACAGCUGUUCUCCUCCUGAUGGCCCGGUUGACCCGGUUCUACAGCAGCUCUGUCUCCAGCUGCUGUGGUUCUGUUUGGUGUUCACAUAUGAAUUUGAACCGAACCAGACCGAGGUUUGGAGGACCAGAGGUCAGAGGUCGAUGCGCGUUCACUCCUCUCCAACCGGCCUGGACUUUCUACGUAAACGGACCGGAGUCGGGUGAAAGCGGGCUGAACCGGGCUGAACCGGGCUGGACUCCUUCCAGUCCGGUUCAGUAGAGGUGGAGAACUCAAGCUGAUCCAGAACCUUGUGGAGGUUCUGGAUUCCUGCGAGCAUCACUGGGGUCUGGAGGCUGAGCCGACAGAGAUGCUGGGAUUCGGCCAAUCAGGGCAGCAGGAAGCUCCGGUUUCCAUGGCAACAGGACUGGAUCCAGCUGAUUUCAAACUCGGAGAAAAGAGAAAAAUAACAACUUAAAAUGUUUCUCCACUGCCAGGACCGUUCAGAUAAACACCUUCACAAGAUUCCACUUCCGUUUUUAGUUCCAGUUACUUAUUAUUUUUAAUUAUUUUCAGGCGAAAAAUAAUUAGAAGCACAAGUAAAACUAAAAUCUUUGAAAGCAGUUUGUACUAAAUGAUGUUAGAAAUGUGUUGAACUGAAGUAACAAGGGAAAUGAACUUAUAGAGUGAAACCAGAUGUUUUUCUCCAUGUCAGGUUCUGGUUCUGGUUCUGGUUGAAUGUGUUCACCUCUGACUCCACUGGAGCCUGACUGAGUAAAACCGGGUCUGAGCAGAAAGUCCGUUCAGGUCAGCAGAACGAGUGGAGGGUCAUGGAUACAGGCGCCAGACUCCAUUCAUCACAACAUUUAUAUUUGGAACCCAAAACGUUUCAUUCAGCACAGAAACGAAGUGAAACUCUGCAGCUCCUGCAGGUUUCCUGUUCUGCUGCAGCUGCAUAAAGUUUCUGUUGAUUAUUGUUAUUAUUUAGAAGAAAGAGAUUCAGAAAAGUGAAGUGCAGCAGCACGGGUCAGAGAUCUUUCUGGGAACCAUUUCUGUGGUCCAGAAAUGGUUCCCAGAAAGAUCUCUGACCCGUCAUGAAGUCUGUGAAGCUGCAGUUUCUCGGUCCAACAAUCUCUGCUUCUCUCAGAGGAAAUGUAAGAAUCUGAUGAACAUGUGAGGUUUGGAUCUUUGUUUUCUGUACGUAGCUUAAAGCAGAAGCUGCCGGAUCCAACGGCAGGUUCUGUUCAUCCUGCUCAUCGUCUCACAUCCUCUGAUUCUGGUUCCGGAGAAAAACACACAGUAGCUGUUUGAUGACGUCUCCAUCGUAUAGAAAUAUAAACUCACUGUAUUGUUCAAAUAUUCAUUUACAGGAAAAGUCAUGGAUUACCGUAUCUGUUGUAUCAUGUAAAGACAGUUUAUAUAAAAGUGUCUAUAAUAAUGUUUAGAUAUGCGAGUACUUUUACAUGUUUAAAGAAAGACUUUUAAAUCUGGUUAUUUUUAUUAAAUGGUUGUGGUAGAAAUAUUUAGACUGUAAACCACAAAAUGAAGCUCUUUUUGUAAAGA